UAUUCAACAAUUGUUGUUAAAAGUCGAUGAGUAUAUCAUUGUCUAUAGAGCUAAAAUUGGAACAUGAGACAAGUGAAGUGUUUGUUCUUGGACAAAGCGAUAUAGUGGAGUUGUGUAUGGGUAAUCGAGAGUUGUGCAUCAUUAUUAUACAAAUAUGGUUGACAUAUAUGCAUCGCCUUUGUAUUGACUUGGGCAAGAGUGGCGUGUAUGGAUUCAUUGGUCCGUGUUUCAUUCAGAGUGAAUAUGAUUCUAUUGGGGCUCAAAAAUACAUACAAAAUAAGUUGCAGCAGGAUCAAAAAGAGUGUUAUCUAUUACCUUAUCUCAACAAUUGUCAUUGGCAAUUGCUCGUUAUUUGUCCUAAGAAGAAUACUAUAGUCUUCCUAUGUUCGUUGGGAUGGAAACCAAAUAAAAAUAUCACACACAUCGUCGAUUUAGCUUUGGGUGAAUAUAAUAAGUCGCGAAGAUUAAGAAAGAACAAGCCCACAUGGAGCAUUCCCAUUUGUCAAAGACAACCUAAAGGUUAUGAGUGUGGUUACUACAUUAUGAUACAUAUGCUGAACAUUGUAUCUAGUGGUCUUGUUGAUUCAUGGAUGCGGAUAUUUGGAGAAUCAAAACCAUUCGAAGAUGAAGAAAUGAUGAAUGUCUGACAACGUUGUGCAAACUUGAUUCUUGAACUAAUAGAAAAUGCUUGAAGCACUUGUAUCAUUUUAGUAUCUUUAGACUGUUAAUAGAAGAUAAUGUUUUUUUU